AUGGUGCGCGAUUUCUCGACGUGUCAUGAUGAUUUCGGCUUGAAGCCUCCAGACGGUGUACUUAAAGAGCGUACAUUCCCGUGGCUUGGCUUUGUUCAGUAUCUUCAUGUUACCACAGGCUUGCCGCAUCACAGCAAGGCUCCGAGAGUAGUUUUGGUACAUAAACAAUUCGCGAUAGGCACUGCCACUGACAUGCUACUUUUACCCAAAAACUAUAAACUGGGCAAUGUUUUGUUUGGGGACUACGUUCGAGAUGAAGAAGAUUGCGGCCUCACUCGAUCACAGACGAAAAUGGGAGUGUCGUGUCCGAGAGCUUAUCUGGAGAUCCCUCUUAUAGAUAUCAGCCCACAUCCUGAGUAUUCUAGAUUUGGAGUUGGCAACAGUCUCGCUUUAGUGAAGCUUUUAAGGCCGGUUAAAUCACAAUAUAUGAUACCUAUAUGUUUGCCCUCAAUUGACGAGCGUGAAAAGAAGCGCAGGAACAAAUUUGUUUUCAUGGUUGAUUACUUAAGUUCUGUACCAAGGGACUUUGACUCUGAGAAAAUGGCAAAAAAGACAUUAAAGUUUUAUACGCACAAAGAGUGCAGAAAAUUACGAAUGCGCAGCAAACUGGGCAGCGAAGGUGUCACCCACGUGUUAUGUAGUUCUGGAUGUGGCAUUCGUCCAGGGGCUCCCUUAGUCACCCACGCACUCGAAGGCACCUUCCAACUCAUGGGGAUUGCCGCUGGUGGAGCCCCAUGUAACCGACGUUCUAUGAGGAAUAGAUUGAACAAAGAACCACCUCUUUAUAUUGACGUUUAUCCAUACGUAAAUUGGAUUAUUAACUACAUCACCGCUAAUGUUUUACCGCGGCCAUAUCCAGAAACUUUUCAGUUAGUUGAGGGCGGUCCUGCAAUGGGAAUAAACAAAGGAUAUUUAAGAGCAAGAAAACCUCAACGAUCUGGGUGGCGAGCGCGAACAUAUGUAUCGGGAAAUAUGUGUUUCAAAAGCUUAAAAAAACAAAGCACUACGGCAUUCUUUUAUUCUGAAAACUUUGAAGUAAACGCUGAUCCUCCUGGGAAACUGAAUAUCAUUAUGAAGAUAUCAGCUGGAAUCGAGUGUACAAUUGUGUGUGCUCGUCUUUUAAUGCCAAAUCGUCUGGUAACGCCUUUAAUAGAGGGAGUCGGUGGAUAUAACUUAACAAUUACUUUCAACACUGAAUGGUUUCCAUACACUUUCUAUUUUGGACUAGGUCUCAACGGCAAAAAUACCACUUACAGAGACUUCUCAAAAUGGAUAGUAGAGCGUUCACCUGGUUUUUGGUAG